AAAGAUCCUCCUGGCAGCCAAUCAUAAAAUGCUGGUGUGUGGGGACAGUCUCAUAUCAUCCAGCGUCACUGCAGCGUCCUCUCUUCCCCCAGGAUGCUCCUCUUGUUCUGUCUGACCGCCCUCUCCUCUGCGGGGUUCUCCAUGGAGACGAACCAGACCUCCAGGCUGCUGGUGGAGAGCGGGGAGCAGUGCUCGCCCUGCGAGUACCGGGAGCACAACAAGCAGAUGAGGCUCCACAGCAUCAAGUCCCAGAUCCUCAGCAUCCUGCGGCUGGAGCAGGCGCCCAACAUCAGCCGGGACAUGAUCCGCCAGCUGCUGCCCAAAGCGCCGCCUCUGACGCAGCUGCUGGACCAGUACGACCCGCGGGUGGAGGAGGAGGACCACGCCACGACGGAGACCAUCAUCACUAUGGCCACCAUGCAAAACCCGAUCUCCCAGGACGAGUUGUCCUCCUGUUGCCUCUUCAGCCUCAGUCCAAAGAUCCAGCCCAGAAACAUCCUAUUGGCUCAGCUGUGGGUUCACCUGCGGCCGGCCCACAUGGUCACCACCGUCUACCUGCAGCUCUCACACCUCAAACCCGGAAAGGAGGGAAACAACACCCGUGUGCGAGUGCGCUCGCUGAAGAUCGACAUCGACGCCGGAGCCGGUUCUUGGCAGAGCAUCGACAUCAAGUCCAUGCUGCAGACGUGGCUGCGACAACCGGAGGCCAACUACGGCAUCGAGAUCAACGCCUACAACUCCAGGGGAGAAGAUCUGGCUGUGAAAUCUGCCGAGCCUGGAGAGGAAGGACUGCAACCUUUCAUCGAAGUGAAGAUCCUCGACAGCCCCAAGAGGUCCCGUCGGGACUCGGGCCUCAACUGCGACGAGGAGUCUGCGGAGACGCGCUGCUGCCGCUACCCGCUGACCGUCGACUUCGAGGAGUUCGGAUGGGACUGGAUCAUCGCGCCCAAACGCUACCGGGCCAACUACUGCUCGGGCGAGUGCGAGUUCAUGCACCUGCAGCAGUACCCGCACGCACACCUGGUGAACAAGGCCAACCCGCGGGGCACGGCGGGGCCCUGCUGCACGCCCACCAAGAUGUCGCCCAUCAACAUGCUCUACUUCAACCGCAAGGAGCAGAUCAUCUACGGGAAGAUCCCGUCCAUGGUGGUCGACCACUGCGGCUGCUCCUGAACAAUCGGUCUUUUUUCUUUGCCCCUGGAAACACAACUAUAUCAGUUUCUAGUAAUCAGCUGCUGAAUCAGAUGUUGUUGAUUUUCAAUAUAGAUUUCUUGAACUUUUUAUUUCUCCACCAUAACAAAAGAUACAACUUUUCACAUAUUCUAAGACUUGUUGACCGUUUUCCAUCGUCCACACGUAGAUAAACUCCUGCUGCUCCCUGUCCUCCCGUCUCAUGAGAACGUGUCCUGAUUUGAGUCCUGACCAGGACAAACCCUGCAGGGCGUCUUUCAUGUGCGCCCUGAUUUUACAAAACAUGAACUGAGUGACUCUCGGCCCUGACGCUUGUUUGCAGACUCCUCGCUGGGACCAGUUCCCAAGACCGGCACACGACAGAGAGAGAGAGACACUUGUAUAAGGACGUUGUUGCAGGUGUGUUGUGAAAUGUUGUCAACAUGCAGAGGCUUUAAUUCUGAGCUGGCGGCUCCGUCUUCCCUCAGAGCAACAUGACAUCAUAUGGUCAGUUAAUGCUAACGUGGGUGAACGGAUGGAGCUAAAGUGCCGUGACAGACGCUGAUAGGCUGAGAGAUUUCUCCUCAGUUUAGUUUUCUUUUUGCUUAUUCUGGAGGUUUCAUGGUUUAUUGUCUUUUUUUCCUGGUGUAUAUUUUCUUGAAUCAAAUUAAAAGCCUGUAAAAGCGAUGUAUACACACACACACUCACACUGCCCUGAGAUUUGAAAAGAUUAAAAUGGAUUAGCUCGUCUAAUUUUACUUUUUUCUAGAACAACAACAAGAGAUGUCCUGGUGUAGUGUGAUUGGAGAGACAUCUAGUGGACAGUAGAAGCACCGCAGCUGAAGGUGUGUGUGUGUGUGUGUGUGUGUGUGUGUGUGUGUGUGUGUGUGUGUGUGUGUGUGUGUGUGUGUGUGUGUGUGUGUGUGUGUGUUGGUUGUUAGUUAAACUGGUGUAAACAUGGUACAAACACACAUUGAUGAAUACACUGAUUUCCAGGGCUUCACACCAGACCUGUGAACCCUCGUAGUGAACAAGCUCAAGAGAAUCAGACACAGGCGUCGUCUGAAGCUUGAUUCAGAUCUAAAAUACCAGUGUCUGAACAACUGGGAAGACUGGGAGCCAUCAGCCAAAUUGAAUGUGAGCAGAAAUGUGAUCUCAGAGGGAGGCUUCAUCUCGAUUUGAAGCUGAGUGCAGAUGUCCUGACUGUUGUUGUGCCUCGCUGGGGUUCCUGACCCACAAGCCUUUGCUCCGCUGUCGGAACAGGACGUCCACGAGUGACACACAUUCACGUUUGUGAUUCUGCAGUGAACUUGAGUUCACUUUUUUAUUUUUUUAUAUGGUCACAUUGCUGCAACGAUGUGGAUCCAAAGUUGUUUUUGUCCUGUGUUUCUUUAGACGAGGCCACAAGAUGAGAGAAGAAUCAUGAGAUUUUGUAUCUAAAUAAAAUUGCUCAAUAUCAGGUGGAUAAACUUGAUAUGUUUUGACUUUAAAAAUAUAAGAAGUUGAAUGUGUUUCUAGAAAACUAAUGAAACUAGCGUAUUUAGAUGCAUAUUUUUGCGUUUCUUGCUAUUUAUCUUUCUAUAACUGUUGAUGACACUCAGUGAAUAAAUAAAUGUGCUCACACACCAUCUAUGAUAGCUCUGAUAGUGAAACCCACACUGAAGACAAGAAAUGUGUGGUUUGAUUGUAAAAGAAAGAAGUUAUGAUCAGUGUGUGGUUGUAAUGACGUUCCCCCGCCACAUGUUUGCACCGAUGGUUAUUUGUGUAGGAGUUUGAAGGACUCACUUUGUGCACUGUGUGAAUAUGAAGAAUGACAAAUGUGCUGUAGAUCUCAUAAAUGUUAGCAGUACAAUGGUUUGCGGUUGAAACACGAGUUAGUGUUGUUUAUUAACAGUUACAUUAUUUUUUUGCUCUUCUGAAUUAUCUACUCAUUUUAAGUGAGAAAUUGUUAUUAUAAUGCUAUUACAAUAAAAGAAUGUUGUACGCCUUUA